ACUUGGUUGCCAUGACGAGCGAAAUUUCCUCAUUUUUCGGUUAUUUUUUUAGAAAAUGUCACCAUACUGUCAAAAGUUUAAGGAAGUGCGGUCUGAUUCAAACAAUGCCCUUUACCUGGCCAACAAAGUUUCGUAGACCGUGGAUUUUCGCAUUGGUGAUUGCCAUUUUACUCUGGGUACUGCUUGGGUAUAGAAUUAUCGAAUUGCUAAUGGAUGGCUUUGCCGUUAGCGGAUCAGUAUAUUUGACGAGAUUUCCCGUUUUUCUUCAUUUAAGUGCUCUCGGAAUAAUUUGUAUUAUUUGUAGUGUCCUCAUGUUUCUUAUAUUUCGAAAAUCAAACUUCAGUAAUUGGUUUUCUUCAUUGUCAUUUCUAUUGUAUGUUUUAAUGGAAUUACUAAUAAUUGUGAAUGCAUUAACCAUGACUUUAGUAACGAGAGUACACUAUAUCAUUGAAGCGAUAAUCGUUUUUGUAUUUCUAUUUAUCUAUACUGAUAUGGUGUCCUGGCAAUAUAACGAAUACCAGGAAAACUUAAGAAGAUUGCACGAAGAACAUAUUAAUGAAAUUUUAGAUAAAAUUACCGGUGGUGAGAAGGGAGGAUGUGUUACAAUUUCGUUACAUGGAUCUGAUAAUAAAGGACCUCGACCAGGACCCUCGAAAAUAAAUUAAAUAUUAAAAAUUAUUCGUUGUUUAAUAUUGUAUUGUUGCAUUUAAAUUUGUAUGUUGUGAUAUUAAAAAACAUUUUUUGUCUAAGUACUUGU